AUUUUCACUUUUUUUAGCCUCCAACAUCCAAUUCCCUUUAAAGCCAAUUAGUAAAUUAAAUAGUUAAAAAUCCCCACCUUCUCCCCUAAAAAUCUGUAUAUACGCCACCGUAGAGAGAGAAAGUAAGUGAGAGAGAGCUGGUCGGUAGUCUACAAAUCCAUUCCUUAACUCACUGACUGACUCUGAAGCAUGGCAAUUCUGUCUCAUUCAUUUGAUUCAACCCUUCUUUGACCUCAUUUUAGUCCUUUAUUUCUCGCUUUACGGUGUCUUUAUUUCUCUCUUGCUUGCCGAUAUACAUUCUUUAGGGUUUUGGGGGAGAUAUUAGGGUUUUUUUAAAAAAAAAAAAUUUUGUCAGCGAGAAAUUGGAGGACUAUUUGUAGUGGGGAGAUUUGACCAAUGGAGGCCGCGGCAGGUGUUGCAGCCGCACGCGGUGUUUCUCUGUCCGUGCCCUCGUCUCAACCUUCUCGCAAAGAAUGGAGGGUUGUUUCCGAAACAUCGGUUCGAAGUUCCAGCAACGAGGAAUUGGAGCGUUCAAAGUUGGGGCAAUCGGAUGAGAGAUUGAUAUACGAGGUGCAACAGGGAAGAGAGCCGGCUGAUGUGGAUUUCUGUUCCAUUACCAUUGACGGAAGUUUGGACAAUGAUAUUUUGCAGCAGAGGCUGCAUAGCGUGGUGAAACAAAGAGAGGAGUUGCAGCAGAUGGAGACCGAACUUCGCGCUCAACUUAUAGCAAGGGGAGAAAUUAUGGAGAUGCGGAGCACUUAUGAUGCUCAUAUCAAAGAGCAUGAAAAUGCCAAAAUCAAGCUUCAGGAGCAACUGCGAGAGAAGGAACAAAGGAUACUCGAGUUGGAGAGAAAGAUGGAAGACAAAGAAAGGGAGCUGCACGCUAUCAGACUAGACAAUGAAGCGCAGGCAUGGGCUAAAGAGGAUCUUCUUAGAGAGCAGAGCAAAGAGCUACAAACGUACAGGAGGGAGCGAGAUAACACCGAGGCUGAAAGAGCCCAGCAUAUCAAACAAAUCCAUGAACUUCAGGAACAUUUUCAAGAAAAGGACCGACAGCUGAUGGAGUUGCAGGAACAGAAUAGGAUUGCUCAAGAGAACAUCCUCUUCAAAGAUGAACAGUUGAGAGAGGCCCAGGCUUGGAUAACUCGUGUACAGGAGAUGGAUGCACUACAAUCAACUACUAACCACUCUUUACAGGCUGAACUUCGAGAACGCACAGAGCAAUAUAAUCAGCUUUGGCUUGGUUGUCAAAGACAGUUUGGUGAGAUGGAGCGUCUUCAUCUCCAUAUACAACAGCUGCAGCAUGAAUUGGCUGAUGCAAGAGAAAGAAGCAACACAUACGCAGAUGCCUCACAUGUUUCUCAGACAAAUCCAAGGGAUGUUUCCCAGAUUGGAAAGAGCAAUAGUGGCCACCUGGAUAUGAGUGGAAGUGGUUCACCUGGUGAAAGCUCUAGCCUACCUAAUGGAAAUGCUGAUAAUGCUUCGUUUGUUUCAGUAGGCAAUGCAUCAGUGCAGGCUGAUCAUGCCCAUGGUGUUCCAAUUGCUCCUUCAUCCCUACUUGGGAUGCCAACUUACCUUCCACAUGGACAGAUGACUGCCGUGCAUCCCUUUGUGGUGCAUCAGCAAGGGGUACCUCAUUCUGUACCAUCACAUGUUGGACAUUUUCACUCUGUGCCAGCAAUGUCAUCACUUCAGCAGUGGCAAAACCAACAGGCUGUAUCAGAGGGUGCAGCAACUCAUGAUCAACAUUCUCUACAAACUGAACCUAACAUGUUGAGGUCGGAUUCCAAUUACAACUAUGAAUCCUCUGUAAAUGGUCAGGUUCUUCAUUCGGGUUAUAUGAACGUUAACAUCAGCCAAGGAAUGGAACCUCAUUCUGUGGUUUCAUCCUCAAAUGUGGAGGGACAGCCAGUUGAAUCCAUAGAUACAAGCUACCUUUCUGGAGCCCAACCUCAGCAGAGCUUGCAACAAAUAUCUUCCCAGUUUCAUGAUGCUUUGAGAUUGGAUUCUCUUGCACACGUUAACGACACAAAGGAGAAGAAUGUCAACUCAUUAUCUAAUUCUCCUAUGGAGGUGCAAGGUUUAAUGAUGGAGAAAAGUGGCUCUGUCUCCAAUGAAUCAUCUUCUGAAGAAGCAAAUCAUGCUGCAAAUCUGAGCGAAAGUACAAUGGAUACUGCUGCAGAAGUCAUUCUUUCUGAAUCCUUCGCUGCUACGGGUCAGAAAAAUACAGGUAUAGGUGGAAAAUUAUCAGAGGCUAAUCUACUUGAUGAAAGAUCAUUAUUAGCUUGCAUCGUCCGUACAAUUCCACCAGGAUCUGGAGGUAGAAUAAGGAUCACCACAACGCUUCCAAAUAGACUUGGUAAAAUGAUUGCCCCUCUACAUUGGCAUGAUUACAAAAAGAAGUAUGGGAAGCUUGAUGAGUUUGUCUCCAGCCAUCCUGAAUUAUUUGUAAUUGAUGGAGACUACAUACAACUUCGAGAAGGCGCACAAGAAAUCAUAGCAGCCACAGCAGCUGUUGCUAAGGUUGCUGCUGCUGCUGCUGCCGCUGUAACAUCGUCUUACUCAUCAUUGGUGCCUUCUGUUGCUGUGACUCCGAUGGCUCAGUCUCACCGGUUGAAGAAAGCUCCAUCAAUGGAGUCCACAUCUGGAAAGUCUGACAGGAGCAUUUUUAAGGAGUAUGCAGUGUCCAGGCCUUCAAAUGCCAUCGAUAACUCAUCUCAGCUAUCUGCAAUGAAGAACCAGCAUCCAAAUGGUGUUUCCUUUAGCAACAGUGAAGGUGUGUCAAAUGUAAAAAUCUUGAGUAAACCUAAGGAUCACACGGGAAUGAAUAGCUCUGAGAGCAGGCAUGGGCAAACUACUCUAUUGACAUAUGGAAAUGGAACAAAUUCUGAGAAGAAUGAUUUUGGCAGCUCCCAAAACAAGGGUUCAACUCAAUGGAAGACCAGUGGGAGUGUAGUUGGAAAUCAGCAGGGCAGGGUGGUUGGUGCUGCUGCAAGUCCUAGGAGAUAGUAAGAUUGGAUGAUGUCAUUACCUAACAAAUGUGCAUUCAAAAUUGCACUUUCGAUGAUUUUGGGGAUGAUGACAAGUGGGAGGUCUUAUACUCUCUAGUUCGAAUCUCCAGUUGCUGAUUAAUAUCAUUCACCGCACCCUUUUCUUGAACUUGGCUCAUUUAUCUGCGUGUUUUGUAUGCUCGGAAUUUUACAUUGCUUGCAAUGACAUGAUGUGUUUUGUUAUGCUGAGUACUAAACAUUGCUUGCGAUGAUGGUCACUAGCAACUUUCAUCGUUUAAUUUUAGUCGGCGAAAAAAAUGAUA